CCGGACGCCGCGGCUUCGUCCGCUGCCGACCCGAACCGCGCUUCGCGGCUUCAGUUCAGUCGGUGGCCGGGACUCACGAGGAGGUGGCGGCGGCGGCGGAGGAGCGGGCGGGGAGCCGCAGCGCUGCCGGGGCCAUGGGCUGCCGGGCGGGGGCCGCCGCUGCCGCCUCUGCCGCCGCCCCUCGCCGAGCCCGGUGACGACCCCGCCGGGCCGGGGGAGAAGAUGGCGGAGAGGGUAAUGUGGUGGCGGGCCCUGGCCUGAAGAUGCAGCCUUCUGAAGCUAGUGCACAAAAGAAAUGGGGGAGAUGGUGAUCACCAAAGCUAUAUCCGAAAAGAGCCCAAGGACCACCAUCACAAAAAGGCUGGAAUGGGUGGAAAUCAUCGAGCCGCGCACCCGGGAGCGCAUGUACGCCAACCUGCUCACGGGGGAGUGCGUCUGGGACCCGCCCGCCGGCGUCCGCAUCAAGCGCACCAGCGAGAACCAGUGGUGGGAGCUCUUUGACCCCAACACCUCCCGCUUCUACUACUACAAUGCCACCACCCAGCGGACGGUGUGGCACCGCCCGCAGAACUGCGACAUCAUCCCACUGGCCAAGCUCCAGACCCUGAAGCAGAACACCGAGUCGCCCCGGGCCUCCACGGAGAACAGCCCUGGGCGCAGCAGCAAUGUCAGCCGGGAAGGCAGCACCAGCUCCUCCCUGGAGCAGGAGCCGGAGGGCGGGGAGAAGGCGGCGGCGGCGGCGCAGGAGCAGAGCCGGCCCAACCGCCAGCCCUCCCAGUUCGCCACCGUCAAAGAAGAAGCCGAAAGCUCCUCGCCUCCUGGAGUUUUCGAGAAGGAAUAUGAGAUCUAUCGAGAUUACAGUUCUGAUGGGCAACGACUUCAUUACAGGGCAUCGUCUCUUCGGUGGAACACGGGCACGAAAGAGCGGAUGCUCAUCAAGGUGACGGACCGCGAGCCCAGCUUCCUGAUGCACCAGGGCAAUGGCUACACCCCCGACAACCAGCAGGGGACCCGGUCGCGCAGGCCCUCUGGGGGCCAGCCGUCCCCCAACCUCCAGACCUUUGCCCCUGAUCCUGACAACUCCGUCUUCUUCCCCGAGAGGAAGCCGUCACCCUUCCUGAAACGGGCCGACCACAUGGGCAGCUGCUCCCCGCUGCUGGGGCGGGGGGAGUCUUUCUGCUCCCCGCUCCAGGCCCAGCACCGAAAGCACUCCAGCGAGUCCCAGCCCUCCUCCCCGCGCUACGCCUACGAGCCCCCCUUAUACGAGGAGCCUCCCAUGGAGUACCAGGCCCCCAUCUACGACGAGCCCCCCGUGGAUAUGCAGUUUGAGGCCAGCGGGAGCUACAAAGCCGGCUCGCCCCAGAAGUCGCCCAUCCGCAAGCCUCACCCUUUCCUGCAGUCGCCCAAGCAGGGCUCCAAUUCGCCCUACCAGCAGCUGGUGUUGACCAAGCAGAAGGGCCCCGACCGCUUCAUGAGCCUGGAGUACAGCCCCGCUGGGAAGGAGUACGUCCGGCAGCUGGUCUAUGUCGAGCAGUCCGGCUCCAGCCCCAAGGUGAAGACCGGCCUCCGGCAGCACAAGUAUUCCCCCAACCCGAUCGGUGGCUCCUACUCCCUGCAGCAUAGCCCCUGCCUGAUGAGGGACCAGCGCCUGGAGGUCAAAUCCGGGGACUACAGCAGCAUGGAAGGGGCUGAUUUCCAGCACAGCCCGCCCGUCAGCCAGGCCUCUCAGGGCGAAGACUCCAUGUCAUGGUCCAGCCAGCAGAACACCCUGUCUUCGACGGGCUACUCCCCUGGCACCCGCAAGCGGAAAAGCAGGAAGCCCUCGCUCUCCUACGACCCCAACGCCUCCUCCACCGACGGCUCUGGGGAGCGAGAGGAAGGGCUGCCGGAGGAGAGGCCGCCCUCCGGCUGCAACAGGCCCCUGAUGAACCGCAUGGAGAGUCGGUCUGUGGAGGCCGAAAUGACCCGGGGCUUCCCAGAGCCCUUCUUGGCCCAGGCCCGGCUGGCGUGGGAAGCCCAACAAGCUCACUACCACAUGAAGCAGCGGAGCAGCUGGGAUUCCCAGAAAGACGGCUCGGGCUACGAGAGCGACGGGGCCCUGCCUCUCCCCAUGCCGGGCCCCGUCGUGCGCGCCUUCAGUGAGGAUGAAGCUUUGGCCCAGCAGGAGAACAAGCACUGGAAGUGGAACACCUUCGAGAAGCUGGGCUUUCCACAGAUCUUGCUGGAGAAGAGUGUGUCCGUGCAGACGAACCUGGCUUCCCCCGAGCCCUACCUACAUCCGUCCCAGUCCGAGGAUCUGGGCGCCUGUGCGCAGUUUGAGAGCAGCAGACAGAACAGGAACAUGAUGCCUAGCACCAGCUGUGUCUUCCCCACUUUCAACCUGAGGAAGCCUUCCUCAGAGACGGACAUUGAGAACUGGGCCUCCAAGCACUUCAACAAGCACACGCAAGGCCUCUUCCGACGCAAGGUCUCCAUCGCCAACAUGCUGGCUUGGAGCAGCGAGUCCAUCAAGAAGCCCAUGAUCAUGACCACUGACCGCAAUGUUAAGAAGGAAGCUUGCGAGAUCUUCAAGCUGAUCCAGAUGUACAUGGGGGACCGGCGGGCCAAGACGGACCAGCUCAACGUGGCUCUGGAGAUUGCCACCAAGGGCUGGAGCAUGCAGGGCCUCCGGGACGAACUCUACAUCCAGCUGUGCCGGCAGACCACUGAGAACUUCCGUUACGAGAGCCUGGCCCGAGGCUGGGAGCUCAUGUCCAUCUGCCUGGCCUUCUUCCCACCUACCCCCAAGUUCCAUUCGUACCUGGAAGGAUACAUUUACAGGCACAUGGAUCCGGUGAACGACACAAAAGUGACUCAGCACAUUAAAGAACUCCUGGAAAGGAACAGUAAGAAGAAGUCCAAAUUGAGAAAGAAACCCAAGCCCUAUAUCGAAGAAAACGAUGGGGUGGCCAUCAGCACUUACGCCAAGUAUUGCUACAACAAGCUUCAGAAAGCCGCGCUGACCGGAGCCAAGAAGGGCCUGAAGAAGCCAAACAUCGAGGAGAUCCGCCAUGCCAAGAAUGCCGUCUUCAGCCCCUCCAUGUUUGGGAGCUCCCUGCAAGAGAUUCUGAACAUGCAGAAGGAGAGGUAUCCCGACCGGCAGCUCCCGUGGGUGCAGACCAGGCUGUCGGAGGAAGUGCUGGCCCUCAACGGAGACCAGACCGAGGGCAUCUUCAGAGUCCCCGGGGACAUCGACGAGGUCAAUGCCCUCAAACUGCAGGUCGAUCAGUGGAAAAUCCCCACUGGCUUGGAAGACCCUCAUGUUCCUGCCUCUUUGCUGAAGCUCUGGUACCGGGAACUGGAGGAGCCGCUGAUCCCCCACGACUUCUACGAACAGUGCAUCACUCACUACGAGAACCCCGAAGCUGCCAUCGCAGUCGUCCACUCCCUGCCCAGGAUUAACAAAAUGGUGCUUUGCUACCUCAUCCGCUUCCUACAGGUGUUUGUGCAGCCGGGCAAUGUGGCGGUCACCAAGAUGGACGUCAACAACCUGGCCAUGGUGAUGGCCCCCAACUGCCUGCGCUGCCAGUCGGACGACCCACGGAUCAUUUUUGAGAACACCCGCAAGGAAAUGUCCUUCAUCCGGGUGCUGAUCCAGCACCUGGACACAAGCUUCAUGGAGGGGGUCCUAUAGCGGUGGUGCCGAGGGAAUCAGAACUGGACCACAUCGAGCCCCGCCCCCACCCCGGCCCCAGAAUCAAUCCAUUAACAAGAACUGUCCUUGAUGACGCAGCCAAGGGAACGGCGGGCUUGGUUGGCAGCGCGGUGCAGAGAGAGCAGCGGGACGCUCCCACGACUGUCUCGGCUGUGCCCCCGCCCCCCGAUCCGUCUCCCCGGCUGUCCUCCAUUCUUGCACUGGAGCCUCUCUGGGAUUCCUCUGGUGCUUCUCUUGCGGACCAAGUGGCACUGCCCCAACGCAAGCCCCUCUUGGAGGCACCACAGGCCAGACGUCCAGAGAAACCGUCUGCUUCCUGGGGGAUUCCUGUGGUCUGAGAAUCCCAAAGAGAGUCUGAAUUAAUGGGCAACCUGGUGACGUUCAGGCGAACUAUUGAGUUGGGGUGGUGGUGGGGUGGGGGGAAGAAGGCCUGCCCACCCUAGAUUAAGUUUGCGAUGUGCUUUCCUGGGCAACGGGGCACUAGAUUUGGGGGUUGGGGUUGGGAACCAAGGUAGUGAAGGCAAUGGUUGGAGUCAGGAAGGGCCUCUAACGCGGCUCAUUUUCAAGAUGGCAGCUGGGUCCCUUGGAGAUCGGAGGGCAGGGAUGGUGUGGGUAGCCGGGCCCAAGGGCAUCCCUGAGAAUACGAGGGGGACCCAGCCAAGCCCCAUUAAUCCAGACCCUCUUGGGGAGGAGACGAUGCAUAGUUGGGCACCCCAGAGGUGCGAUACAGUGCGGGGAGGAGAUCUGCUUAUCGUUAGGAGUAGCUGAACCCAUCAACAGGCUGUUUGUUAGUGAGGGCCGGAAGUGGCCGGGCCUGGGCACCGUUUUCUCGUGGUCCUCUCUUGUUAUUCCCCUUCCUUGUUCCAGCACAAUCACUGCCAGACGGGGCCGAGCCGAGCCGGGCCUCCCCCACUUCCUCCCUCCCUCUCUCCUGAUGGCCAACAAAGAGACCAGUAAUGCUGCUGGCCAGUGCAGGAUUUCAGAGCUGGCCAAUGAGGACGUUGGGCUAGGCUUGAUCGCCCUGGAAGCCACCGCGCCCGGCUUUCCUUGCCCGCCUUCCCGAUCCGUGCAUCCAACACGACUGGCACACGGAGCCAGCCAGAGUCAAGGAGCCGCCUUCCCGAGGCCUGCCUGAAAGGGCGGGCUCAGUGUGGGUACAUCCAUGGUGGGAGUGGGGCAGGGCAGCUGGGUGCCCCCCCUUCAGCCACACGAGCCCCCGAGCCGAGUCUGCGCUUUCCGUGCGGGAGAAGGAAUGAUGCAUGCAUAACUGCAUUUCCCUGCAUGGUGAAGGAAGCCUUGCCUUUGCAGGGACUUCUCCCACACUUGCAGUUUGGCAUUACAGAAGCACCGAUCGGAGUCCGGAGCAGGAGAUGACCCCAGGCAGGCAGCCGUCGGAGAGACGGGCCGAAGGGUCCCGAGAGUCCAGCCUUGAGCUUGCCCAGACCCCUCCCCCACCCCCCAUCCCAGGUCUCGUUCCCUGGCACUUGUUCUCCACAAGGGAGCCAGGAUCUCCGACUGACGGAGGGCGGGGGCUGCAGAACUUCAGGGCACCCCCACCCUCUUGGGCCAGUGACGUGAGCAGGCCAGAGAUCUUCCUCUCCCACUUACUAUCACCAAAGGGGAAAACCCCCGGAAAUUUGAGGGAGAAAAAAUAACAGCAGGUGUUGGUGAAAUGCUUCCUUUCAUCAACAAAGACCCUAGUUUGGUCGCUGGCUAUUCUGCAGAGGAACCUCGGCAUGCCAGUUUCUGAGACAUUAUUCUGCCUGAGACCAAUUUGCUGUCAAUAAUAGUCAAGAACACCCUAUAAACACCCCCCUGGGCCCAAACACACACAUAAGUCUCAAUUUGUUCUCCCCAGGGAAAGAAAGCCAGGCGUGGAGAGCGCCAGUUCUUCCCAUGGCUUGAAAACGUUGGAGCCCUCUCUGGCCAGGACUGUGUGGGGAAAGGCCUCUUCUCCGGUCCACCAGCCCCAUCCCGCCUCCCCCAGGAAGGCCAGACCUUGUUCUCUGCUGACGGUGGGUGGAACGAACAGCCCCCGGGGGCUCCGUUUCAGAGACUGGCUUGCCUCCUUCCCUUGCACUGGCAUUCACGUCCUCUCCGGCAGGCUUGAGUAAUCCGAGCGGAGGGAGCCGUCACCUCCAGCCCCCUGCUUUUCUUGACAGCCCAGGGCCCUGACCCACAGAGCCACACCGCCCCAUCUGCCAAAAUCCUGACGCCAAGCUGGCCAUAGACGGAUGGAGCGGCCAUGCAGGGCCCCUUUCUUUGCACUCCUCCCAGCCGGGCGAUGGUCCCCGCCCUUGGGAGAGGGAGUCCUAUAGAGAGGCCACCUUCUCCCCACCCUGCCCCUUCUUGCCUAGUCCAGGUGCAACGCUCAUCCCCUUGCUAAGAGGCGGUGGGGGAGAUUUGGGGAGUGAGGGUGGCCAAAGCGUUUGCACAGCAGGGAUGUCCCUUCCAGGCUCCGCUGCCACACCUGCCCCUGCCCAGUGAGCCACGCCUCAAGAUCCGUGGCUUCCAGCUCAGGGGUCGUUCUCACUUGGCCCUUGAAGGGAGAACUCAGCCACUGUCGGCCGGGCCCAUGGCUGCUGCUCACGGAUGCUGCUUCUUCCAUCCCAGAGAGUGGGCAUGUUGGUUCUCCCACCGAACUCCUCCAUAUUUCUUUUGCUGUGUGGCCGCUCAGCCUCUUCCUGGCCAUCUUGAGCCUUUGAAGCAUCCCCUCGGAGGGUGGUUUCCAUUCAUGCUCGGAUCCUGGGCGGGCUGAUGAGCAGCACCGGGCACGUUCCUGGCAUCUCUCCAAAGAAAGUGCCUUUUAUCGCUAAAGGAGACCCUGAAAGAACCAGCCACUCCCUCUCCCUAGUUAUACGGAGUGGCAUCCAAAACAAGCCAUGAGAAGAGAGAGGUGAGCACUUUCUUGCCUUCCGUGGCUUCUUGCCUGGCUGUGAGCCAAGGUCUCCGAUCGAGGCUCCCAAAGGGUGUCCACCACCUUUGCUUGUUCCAGCGUAUUUGUGACAGAGUCACUUUGGGCUGUGUGUUUAUUCCAGUGCUGAGUCCCAUGCAAAUAUGGGCACUGGAGUGGACACUGAUCCGUGUAACUCAGCAACACAGGAAAGUAAUAGGUGAAGGGCUUUAAAAAGGCCUAGCAUAAGACAUAGAGUAGGCCCAUUUGGUGUCCACCAGCUGCGAUAACAGAAAAAUGUACCUUGCAUAGAAAGUGGAAGGAGGAAAAGGUUCUCCCUUUCAUAUGUGAAUUUUGGAAGCUGAGGAUUUCGGGGAAAGUUGAAUAGCUUGCAUCCAAGGAAUCUGUGGGAUCCGCAGAGUUUGGAGACAAUGUCGAGGAGUGGGAGGUCAACUGGGACUGAGCAGGGGUACCGGGAAGCAGAGGAAAGGUCUGUUACCAAGACAGCCCCAGGGCAGAUUCACUCCGUUGCUCCACGGGGGAGCUGUAACAUCACCAAGUCUUCCAGACUGACCUUCCCUGACCACCCACCGUAAGGGCAAGCCCACCCCCCACCCCCGCCCACUGUCUUCCCUCUGCAAGCCACCCCUUUGCUUCGAGAAUUGGAACCAAGAAAGGAAGCCAUGGAAAGAGGCUUGGAAAUCAGUCCUCCCCGCUGGGAGACGGGGAAGCCCUUCCCCUCGUGCACUCCAAGGUGCCAGCAUCUGGCUGGUGGUGGCCGUGGCCGUGGCCGGGGAGACGCGGCCCUGGGUUCCUGGAGCCCUCUGUGCUGCCGUGGCUUCAGGAAGGCUGGAGCCGUCGUGGCAGGCAAGCUGGCCUCCGCAUCCACAGCCCAGGGUAGUGGGGAAUUUGAAACCCACCCACCCACCCCCGUCUGAUCAAGAAGGGGGUCUCAUGCCGGAGUACACCACCCCCAUGGAGUCAAACUUGCAGCGAUCCCAGCCAGCGUGUCUACAUCCCAGGCCAGGAAAAAUUUAUUCUGUAGAGCAGGGGUUCUCAGCCUGGGGUCCCCAGAGGGUGUUGGACUACAACUCCCAUCAUCCCCAGCCUGGGGCCAGUGUGGCUGGGGAUGAUGUCGUCCAGCCGAGUCCGAGGAGCCAAGACCGAGAGCCCUUGAUAUAGAGGUAUAAGCGGGGAGGGGGAAUGGCUAACAACAUAGUUUUAAUCCAGAGGUGUAUAUAUCUUAUGACCCAUUGUUGGGGCUUUUUAUUUGUAUGAAAGAUGCUCUAAUCUUGACUUCGCUAUUUAUUUCAUUGCUGUUCCAAAAACCCUCCUCAUUCCGUUUGGCCAGAAAUAUAUAUUUAUUCCCUCCCGAUUGGUGACAGAGCUUUCUAAUUAGGACAAAGGCGUGCCCACAGACAGUCUGUACCCAGAGGGUUGGCCUGUCUUCAGACAGAAGCCUUUCACAACUGAUUGAUUCCCCACCUACCCCCUUAAAACAUGGUGUUUUUAAUGGGAUGUGCCUGAUGAAUGAAUAAGAUGGAAAUGGAUUAACAGCUCAGAUGGGACCCUUCCCCCUUUGGCUAGACACACCCUCCCCAUCAUGAGACCCCAACCAUUUUUCUUCCCUUACUCUGCAAACCUAGCUUUCCAGCAAGUUGCUUUGGGUAACCUUCAGGAGUUUGCUUCCUUGCAGAGACAGUCACUCACUGCCCGUGGAAUUGCGGAAUUGCACUGCUUUCAGUUACGAGGGCAAUUCUGUCCAGAUGGCCUCUGCCUCUCUCGCCUCGGCGGUCCCUCAAAGCUAAACCCGCGGAGGGGUGCAGCUCUUGGGCUUGCCUGUGGCUUGUCUUCACGCCACCAGGCAGCUGACUUGUGUUAUCUGCGGGGUGGUGUGCAUCUCUUAUGCGCUGGUUGCGUGCUGAUGGGCGGCUGAGAGGUUGGGUCUCUGCAUCAGUCCCUGCAUGGGACAUGGGAGCAGUCCUGCCCGCUGCCAGCUCGUUACUAGAUCUGGAGGUGUCUUACAGCCACCCCUGUGCUAAUGGGAGGUACCAAUCCAGCCCGUGCACCCGUCACCCCGCGUAAAUUAUCAGUGAGUGGAGAUCAGCAUUACCAUGCUGCCUACUAAAGACACUCAUAUCUCAUGCAAGCUACUAGCUACCAGCAUCCAGAUUUUAAGAACAGUGUCUGGUUCAUAAGGCACAGUUAAAAAAAGAAGUUAAUUGAAAUGAGAAUAAUUACUUGGUUUUAAACACAGGAUGAGCAAAGAGCUUCACCGAAUCAAGUGCCUUAACACCUUCAUGGGCUGUUACCUAGCAAUGACCAAGCUAUACCCUGAGCCAUUUAUCCUUGCAAAUUCAAUUUUCUGUGGAGUGUUGCAGCCUGCGGUUUUCAGAAUGAGGUCAUCUCAGUGAAUUUACCUUUUUUAUUUUGAGGGGGUGCUGCUUGACACAUCUUGUUUUCUUUCCCCUCUUGCUUGCUUACCUUGGCAAAAUGGCAUUGCAAGCCACGCAAAUUUACAUCAUCUAGUCCUCCAGGAUGCUGUUUUUAUAUGGGCAAAAAUGCCCACUCUAAAGAGGCUCCACUGCAAAUAGUUUUGGUCCAUAAUAGAAAAGAAACCUUUGGAGAAAAAGCCCAUGUCCUGAAGCUAAUGAAGGAGGAAGGGAUCGAAAGGCAUGCGCCUGGGACCUCUGCAGAGAGAGUGUUGUGAUUGCAGGUGCAUCGGUUUCCAACAGACAGCCUUCCCAUUGUAUCUGAUUGCAAACUAUCUUGGCGACUUCCGGGACUAGCGCAAAUUAGAAGUGUGUGUGCCGCCAGCACACAAAAUGGGAGGGUCCUUGUACAAGUCCCGAGUCUCCUUUCAUCAAACCUGGCGAGGCAUUCAGAAGCUGGGAAAAUGCUUGCCCCACUGGGUCAUCUCCUCCACCCCAAGCAUCUUCCUGUGAUGGCGCUGAACAAAGCCCAGCCGGAGCGUAAGGGAAGUGGCGGGUGGGUGGCUUGAGUGGGAGGGCAGCAGAGACCCCACUCUGAACUUGACAGCUGAAGGACCGUCCGGCUGCAAGUGGGUCUGCUGCCACUCCAGCAGCAUGGGGGCAGAUCAAAGCAUGGGGGGGGGGGCUGAGCCCUAAGAGCGGCUCGCCAGAGAAAGCUGCUCUUCACACUAGGCGAGCCCAGCAUGGCGGGUGACGUUGCAGAGGCGCCCGGCUGUGCCCCUUGGGUUGCACACCACAGCCGCUUGGGGGUGGCCUGGAGCACGUCCGAUCUGGAGAGAGCCCUUUCUGCUCCUGCUGCUGCUUCAGCGUGUCAGGGCUCUGGGGAUAGGGACCAAGACGGGAGCAGCGCAGCAAAGGAGGCCCAGGUGUGUUGACCCCACCGCCACUGCCAGGCUGAGCCCUGGAACCUGUCGCCACUCUGGAUCCGAGUCAUGUGGGCGGUAGGCAACGCCUGGGCUGGGCACUAAAGCAUCCCUCCUCUCUCUGUUCCCAGCAUGCCACAAAUGUGGUGCACAGCCCACAGUCCCACCAGGAACAACACUUGUGCACAGCAUCCCCCGAGUGCACAGGCUGAAGCCCCAUCCCCCCCCCGGCCGUAGCACUUAGCAGAAGCUCCGCCUGCUGUCCCUGGCUGCUGCCAGGACGAGCCCUGUGCCCCGGGCCGAGUCUGCCUGUGAUCAGAGCACUCCAGAAUCUGCCCCGGAGUACAGCGUUUGUCCCGGUAACCAGCGGACGGAGCAUCCGAGCACCUCAGUGCACAAGUUCAGCCUCCUGCUUUUUCGAACAGCCGAACCAGGCCAAGGAUUCACUCAGACUGGCGGGGAGCAACUUGGCUUGCGGCGGGUCUGAGUGGCUGCUUGGAGCAGUUCCCUUUAAAUGCACCCCUGCUGCCCCACCCCCACCCUUUGAUGGGCAGGUUUCAUUUCCUCUUUUAAGCUUCUUUUCCUCUCUUUUAAAAUGUGUCUAUUUUUUUACUUUUUAAUAUAGUUUUAUUAAUUUAUUUAAAAAGAUGGCGCCUCCCACCCUGCCAUUUCUCUUUGUUUGCUAGGAUGGGAAUUUCUGUCUUGACUCCCCCCCCCCCCACCAGAUUGCAUAAAAACAUAAAGACAGGUGGACAAGAGCACAGAGAACCCCAAAGCCAUAACUUCAGAUGGCCCAAACCCCAAACCCCAUUGGCCGCAAGACAGCAAACGGAGUCCCGUGUCCAAAGUGAAGAAACUUAAAUGUGCUUUGGAGGCACAGGCGUUAAGCAUGCUGACUUCCUUGGCUACGAGACUGUCCGUGUUUUAGACAGCCACGUUUGGGAAGCAGCUUUUAAGGGACUGCCCAUUUGGCCAAAACCAGCCAGUGAAACAGAGCCUCCACUUGUAGCUCCUGCUCUUGCAAAAAAAUCUCCAGUUAAUUGAGUCGGAGUGCCUCCAUCUGUGGGGCUGAUGUGCAUGCCCAGGCCUGGCUUGUUCCAGUCCCUUGACACCCUCCCCUGCACCCACCUGCCACUUGAGCUAAUUGUCUAAUUAAUUCUUUCCUCUUUAGAGCCUCCCAUCACUCAGCUAGCCUGCUUUAUCACCUCUGCGGGAUCAACCAGUAGCUGCUCUGUAGGAUUGUGACCGAGGAAGAAUGCCCUAGAAUUGGUGGGGGCGGGGAGGAGAGGUAGCCAAGGAGCAGGGAGGUCUAUUCCCCCCCCCCGGCCAGCCACCCCCCCAAAAAAACCAGCUGUAUCCCUUUGGGAGCUGCCUGAAUGGGAGAGGAUGUGUUUCCACUUCAGCCUGCAGGCCUCUCUGUCUGCCUGCUUAGCCUAAGCAAGAAACGCGGCUUCCUUUGUGGUGCAGGCUGACCUUCUGCUCCCACAUCGCUGCCAUCACAAGCAGAAUUCUCUGAAAGCAAUUAAGCUGAUUUGUUGUGGGGAAUGGAUGGUUCAUUCCUCACAGCGAUACAAAUGCGGAGUGUUCGACUGAGCUGUGCUGCAUAAAAGAGCAGUCAGUAGCAUUAUAAGCCAUAGGUGCUCAUGCCCCAAAUGCUGUUAGACUACAACCCCCAUCAUCCCUCGCUACAGUGGCUGGGGAUGAUGGGAGUUGUAGUCCAGUAACAUCUGGGGAAGCAAGUUUGUGAACCUAUAUUAUAAGCAGUGCUUUCGCAUCUCUCAGUUCAGAUUGUUUUUCAGGGUUGGCCAUAUUUCAGGAACAGUUUCUGAAACAGUUGGCUUUGUUGAACAUCUUCAAACUAUCCUUGUCUCAAGAUUCACUGUAACAGCUACCUAUGAGUAAAACAGUUACUCAUUUGUUAUUUUCAAUUUGCCUAUAUUUAAUCGGGGGGGUGGGGGAGAUCCAGAUUGGACAGAAGGCCUGGAUUUUUGUCCAAUUUAAGGGCCACCUCAAAGAAAUGUGUCCAUUUGGAGGCAGAGAUGCCCCAAGUGGCAAGAUGGCCUUUCUUGGUCUGGGUUGAAAUUGUGUGACCCACCCUCUGUAGGCAGACAAGCCCUCCCACACGUGAGCAUGGCAGCCUGUCCCCACAGCCACUUGGGGGCUGGAAAAACCUUGCCGAGACCAGGUCCCAGCCCAUGGCAAGCUGGUCACGCACCUUCACUGCCACAGGCAGGAUCCAGCUUUUGGCAGACCAUCACCAGUGGCUUGAUAUGGGCAGAGUUUUUCUCACAGCCCACCAGUAAAUCCAUCCCAGUGGUUGUGCCAAUAGGCCCAGCACCAAGAGACUUGUGUGUGAUCAUCUCAACCCUUUCAGACACAUUGCAGGAUACUUGGCGGUCUGUGGAGUGUGCCAGAAAUGGUUGAGCAAAACGACUGCCGGUUUACAAUGAAGAAAGCAGCUAUGAAUAAGUUCGGACCCUUGGCUCUCCAGCUGCUGCUGAACUACAGCUCCCAUCAUCCCCAGCUGCAGUGCAGCUGGGGACAAUGGGAGUUGUAGUUCAGCAGCAGCCAAAAAGCCAAGGAUGUCUGCUCACGUUUGGAGAUCAGCAGAUUACCAACGGACAAGAAUCUGGGUUUCAGGAUAGCCAUCGAACUACAUCCCCACCUGUCAUUCCCUUCCCUGCAGGGUUUACUUAGCUCAAAUGCCACCUUUCCCCCAAACUAGUGGUGCAGCAUCAGCCUUGGAAUGGAACUGAAUGCCACCAUAGGACUUUGUUCCUUGUUCGAUGCUUCUCUUCUGACCCAUGGUGUGGUUAGGUGUGUGCGUGCAUGCGCAUGUGAGCAGAGCAGAGCAGUUACCGCCUGAACUGAUUUUUUGGGGGGUACAAAAUUAGCCUUGGGGCUGGGAUGGGGUGAUGCACCCUGCCUUUGAGUUUCCCUCCCCUUCCUUUCCAACGGCCUGAGAAUCAGGUCCCUUACACUCCCACCCAGGUCCUGGAUGUUUUCCUUGGACAAUCACCUCAGGCACUGGGCAAGCAGCAAGUAAGGUGGGCUUCCCGGUCACUCGAACCCGUGACCCGACGGAGAUGGAAGGUUUCCAGGCCAACCAGGCCCUCCGAGGCCAUUUAGAGGGGCAACCUACUGUGUAACGUUGUCUGGCUAACUCUUGUAAUUACGAAGCAUGGAAAUGUAGAAGCAACUCCAUGUUGUGUGAAUAAAGAUGAAUAUGGACAUCU